AGAAGCAUGUGAACAUGUACAACCAUCCCUCCACGCCUGUAUCGUCAACUACAGUGCAAUGCGGGUGGAAGAUGUGUUCAAGCUUGGCCCUCUGCCCACUCAAACCCUAACAAUAUCACAAGGCAGUGCCAAGCCUCUAAUGCUGGUUGUGCCUUCUGUACAAGGAGACUACCCUGUCCUCCUCUUCCUCCACGGCUACCUCCUCGUCAAUAGCUUCUACACUCAACUUCUGCAACACAUUGCUUCCCAUGGAUACAUCACAAUAGCUCCUCAGAUGUACACUGUAGCCGGUGCAAACGCCAGUGGAGAGAUAGAUGAUGCCGUGGCCAUAACGGAGUGGCUCCGUGCAGAGCUUUCUGAGCACCUGCCGGAAAAUGUGCAGCCGGAUUUCAAAAAGGUCGCCAUUGCCGGUCACAGCCGCGGCGGCAAAGUAGCUUUCGGAGUGGCGCUAGGUCGAAGCACGAUCCCUCCAUCGUUGCCCUUUGCGGCACUCCUGGGAAUCGAUCCUGUCGAUGGAACGGUGCCGCUGAUUUUAACGCAAAAGGAUCAUUCGCUUUCAGUAAAUAUUCCGACGCUUGUUAUUGGGUCUGGUUUGGGGCCGGUGAAAAGGAACCCUUUAUUUCCUCCCUGCGCUCCGGCCGGCAUGAACCACGUGGAAUUUUUCAGGGAGUGCUGCACUCCGGCUUAUCAUUUCGUAGCGGUGGAGUACGGGCACAUGGACUUUUUGGAUGAUAAGACGGGCGGAGUGAGGGGGACGACAUCGUAUUGUAUGUGUAAGAACGGAACAGAGAGGGAGCCCAUGCGGAGGUUCGGCGGGGGAAUUAUUGUGGCUUUUCUGAAUGCGUGGCUAAAGAAGGAAGCCGAGGUUUUGGACGAACUGCUGGCGAAUCCCUCGCUCAUACCUAUCAAGGUGGAUACCCCCGAGUGUCAUCUUUUGCAAUCAGUUGUCGUUUAAUGGUUGCUAAAAAAAAAUUAUAGUCAUGUUGUUUUAAUUAAAAGAUUGAGGCUGAUUUUAAGUCUAGAUAUAUGGUCAUUAAUGGGCUAUAUAAAGUUAAAAGGUCAGAGAAAGCUUUGUUUCCUAUCUAAUUAAAUUUAAAAAAUAAAAUUUUAAAAUUGUUGUUCU